UUCAUGUAAUUUACACCCGGUGCUCUACUGUACGCCCAGAGUGAGUGGACUGUGAAGCUCUGAGAGUAGAAGAGUGCACUGAGAUAGUGUGACUGUAGCCAUUUGUCCAGCCUGCCGGGCUGGUUUUGAUGAGGGCUGGGGGAAGGGCAAUGUUAGGAUGUUCCCUGUGGAGAGGGGCAGUCUGGCAGCAGCGUGUGGCUUUCUCAACAUCAGCGAGUAGGAUCUAUGGCCGGCUUCUAGCACAUAUGGUCCCCUCCAGGCCCGAUGCUGUCUUGUGAUCUGCGAGCGCAAAGUGAUCUUUCCUUAUUUCGUAAGGGUCGGGCUGGAGGUUGGCUUCUGUUACCAUUCUCACCCUUCUCAGUAGCAGCGACAGACUGGCACUUCUGCACAUCUACCAUCAUGUCUGCUACGCAUCAUCUUAGCUUCCCCCAUCCAUGCCUGGAGUGAGGUGCCGCACACCAGGGCAGGACACAAUACCUGGAUUUCACGGGGACUGGGAGUCAGUGUGAAGAAAACUAUAAUCAGCAAUGAUGCUGUGAGGAAGCUACACGAUGAAACUGUAAUGAUCUACCACCAGCUGUCGUAAACUGUCAUAUUUGAAACGUAGCACGGAGGCCGACGGGGAGUCGGGGAGGUGACCUUGUCUAAGGUUGGGUUUGGCUUCCCAGCGUCUGGAGGAUCCCUGAAUCCCUCCUCGGAAACGUGGACAGCAACAGUCAGCACCUUGAAGCAGUCCUUGGGGGCGGAGCCAGCAAUGUCCCCUGAGCUUCAUGAAGAUGGCUUGACUGAGAUCCUGGCCAGUGUGGUGGAAGAGGUGAAACUCUCCAUUGGCAGAGAUGUCAACGGGGCUGACGUUCUCUACAGCCUGCUCAAUGCCCCCUGGCUUCAGUCUUUGCUUAAGGUUUAUGAGCGCCUGCAGCAGUACAUGAGGACAUCACCCAGCCCAUACCUGGCCUACGCCACAGGACUGUCCCACCAGCUGAUGGCAGGUGUGCGAAGGGCCGCCACACCAUCCCCUGAAGCCAGGGAGCUCUACAGGCUGCUCAGGGAUCCCCACCUGCAGGCGUUUCUCUCAGCCCACGAUACAGUGGCCCGGAAGGACUACGAGCCCAUGUUGCCACCUCUUCCUGACAGCCUGCCGGACGACGAGGAAGCUGUGAGAAUUGUGUGCCUGGUGAAAAACAACCAGCCCCUGGGAGCUACGAUAAAACGGGAUGAGUUGACGGGAGAGAUCUUUGUCGCACGGGUGAUCCACGGGGGACUGGCGGAUCGUAGUGGUUUACUGUAUGCAGGAGACAAACUCAUAGAGGUGAAUGGUCAGCCAGUGGAGGGAAUGGAGCCAGAACAAGUCAUAGAGAUCCUGGCCCACUCGCAUGGCACCAUCAUGUUUAAACUGGUCCCCAUGUCAGACCGGCCAGUUAACAGCCAGACUCUGCUGUACGUGCGGGCGAUGCUUGAUUAUAACCCACGGCAGGACCCCGCCAUCCCCUGUGCUGAUGCCGGGAUGGCCUUCAGGAGAGGAGAUGUGCUGGAGAUCGUGGACCAAACAGAUGGCCUCUGGUGGCAGGCCAGGAAAAUGCCCAGCCUGUCAGCCUGCGCCGGCCUCAUCCCCUCCGCCGAGCUGCUGAGAAGGAAACAGAGGGAGUUGUGGUGGUCGCAGCCCUUUCAGCCUCACACCUGUACGACAACCUUGAGCACUGUUGAUGAAGAGGAAGACAUUGACGAGAGUUUUAUCGAAACAGAUCCGGACACUUUUGAAUCUGAAGAGGAGGAGUACAGCACUAAUCCUGCAGGCAUCUACCUCGCGGGAUUCCGCCGCAGCAUGCGUUUGUCUCGCAGGAAGUCCCACAGCAACCACUCGCAGUCCUGCUACUCCCGCUGCCCGAGCAGUUGCUACAGCAUCCUAGCAAACCCCUACGAGGAGGUGGUACGACACCGGCGCCAUCCGCAGGACAAACCACGCCUCGUUGCUCUCAUGGGUCCUUCUGGGGUGGGGGUCAAUGAGCUCCGGCGAAGGCUGAUCGCAAUGGACCCCAACACCUUCCAGGGGCCGGUGCCACACACAACACGACCUCGUAAACACCACGAGGAGUGGGGGAGGGAAUAUCACUUCAUCGGCAGGGAGCUGUUUGAGAACAUGGUAUACAACCACAGAUUCCUGGAAUACGGGGAGUAUAGAGGCCACCUGUACGGCACCAGCAUUAAUGCCAUCAAGAGUGUGCUGGACAGCGGGAAGAUCUGUGUUGUUGACAUCGAGCCACAUGGAAUUCGUGUGGUAAGAACACAUGAGCUCAGGGCCUACAUCAUCUUUGUGAAGCCGCCCAGUGCUGCCCGCAUGAAGCUGACUCGAACGAAUGCCCGGAUCACUGCCGCCGGUUACGUGAACCGACCUUUCCGAGAAGAGGACUUCCAGGAGAUUGAGGAGGAAGGGGCGAGGAUGGAGUCCCAGCACUGCCAUUUCUUUGACCAUCUGAUUGUGAACGAUGGGCUGCAGGACUCCUGUGUCCAGCUGCUGGCGGCUGUGAAGCGAGCGCAGGAUGAACCCCAGUGGGUCCCUGCCAGUUGGCUGCGGCCCACCGACGUAUCUUGAGUUUGCAGGACCGGACGGCAGGAAAAAUAUGAAUUAUAUGAGCGGUGGGAGAGGACUAAUGAGACAGAAAGGGACAGAGAUGCUUGGAAAAAGAUUUUCAUGUAAAUAAAACCAAUUUGAAAGGGUCUAAUUAAUUACAGGUGCGGGGAUUGAAAGAA